GCAGAUUUGGUGACAGAAGCAGCCUGAUAACUUUAAGAACAUGGCAGCAUUGAAAGCAUGCAAAAUCCUUAUCACAGGAGCCAACCGGGGCUUGGGCUUAGAAAUUGUUAAGCAACUCUCUGAGGAUUCUUGUCAAAAACAUAUUUUUGCUACCUGUCGUGAUCCAGAUGGGUCAAAGUCUGAGGCAUUGAGAGAGCUGGCAAAAAAGCAUCCAAAUGUGAUUACAAUCAUACGUCUUGAUGCUGAUGAUCCAAGCAGUAUCGAAGAGUCUGCCAAGAAAGUGGGUUCUCUACUGGGAAAGAACGGUUUGAACCUUCUAGUGAAUAAUGCUGCAAUCGUGGCAAAUGGCACCGUUCAGACCAGCAGUGUUGAGGACAUGAAGAACACCUUCAACACCAACGUGAUAGGACCCUUACUAAUCAUUAGGGAGUACCUACCAUAUCUACAAAUAGCAGCCAAAGCCAGUGGGACCCCAGGCAUGUCCUGUAAUAAAGCAGCUUUCAUCAACAUAUCCACUAUUGCAGGUUCCAUGACCAGAAUGCCUUCCAUAUACAACCAAUUUCCAACAUUGCCAUAUGCCGUGAGCAAGGCAGGAUUUAACAUGCUGUCUGUUUUGGCUGCUGAGGAGUUAAAGGCAGAUGAGAUCCUCUGCAUGGCCCUUCAUCCAGGAUGGGUGAAGACUGAUCUGGGUGGAGAAGAUGCAAUACUUGAACCAAAAGAAAGUGUGGAGGGGAUGUUGCGUGUCAUUGGUAGCCUUACUGAAAAGCAGCAUGGUGGAUUCCUGGACUACACUGGAGAAACGGUGCCCUGGUAAACCAGAAGAACAAAUUCUCUCCCAUAUCAGAGGUCCAAACUGUCCUUUUUUAUCUAGUUGUCAUAAAAGGACACACCUAAUCAUUAGCACUUAAUUUCUGGACACAAAUGUUUAUGACACACAUGACAUUGUUAUAGCUUAUGGUAUUUCAAACAAUAAAACAAUCUGUUC